AUGAUUUAUUUCAAUAAAGGCGCGUAUGUUUCCGGUUAUAUCGAUACGGACCUGGUAUUCGAUAGCCAAGAACAUUCGAAACACGGCAGGAUACACAGGACCGCAGAGCAAUUAGAAAACGAAUCUAGUCCGCCGGUGGAGGAAAAUUGGCUCACCAGUACUGUAAAUAGGUUAAAAAGAAGCAUAGAUAGUUUAUUUUCUAAUGGAGCCGCUGGUGAAAAGUCGACGGUACACCAACAUACCGGGAAAAAACAUCAUCGGAAGGGUUCGAGUAAAAACAAGUCUAGGUCAAGAAGGAAACAUAGACAAGCUGAUGAUAAUAAUGCUCUCGAUGAUAAUUAUGAUGAUCAGAUCCAAAUAGACCAGGAUCAGGAGCAGGAACAAGGCCAGCAGGAGUUGGAUUACGAAGAUUGGGAAAACGGAAUUGGUCAAAAUGUUGACGAUAAUACUGACGAGUUUUCAAUUUUACAAAUAGGUGAAGGCGAAGGUCAAGGUCAGCAACAGGAGAACGAUGAUGAAGACAAUAUAGAAGAAACUGGAGGUAACGAAUUCAACCACCCAGACGAUGAAGAUUUACACGGUCCUUCUGGUGACUUCAGUUCAGGCGAUGGUGAUGAAACAACCCCAAGAACUGAUUAUCCCCAUCCGAGAGUAUACAGAAUCGCCUUCACAGUCAUGGAACCCUACCGUGAAGAUUACAAAGACCGCAACAGUCCGUCAUUCCAGCAAUUAUCAGACAGGAUAAAACGAGCAUUGGACCAGGUUUUCGAACAAAUACCGGGACAUCAAAACGUUCAAAUCAUUAGUAUGGAGCAAAGCAAAAAACAAGACCCCUUCAAGGUGAGAGUGACCGCCGACAUCGAUUCCGAAGGAAAUUCCAACAGCGAAGACAUUAAAAGGGCCGUUUUCGAGCCGAUUAACACCAAUCACAGAUUGGGCGAUCUUACCACCACCGAUCCAGAAGAACUUAGAUUCACCGAAUUCGGAGCGGCCGAUCAAAAGUGCCCAACGAACGAAUUACAAUGCAGGAGCGGUCAAUGUGUUAGCGCGACGUCGCGUUGCGACGGAAUUAGGGAUUGCAAUGAUAAUUCAGACGAGGAAGGUUGUUCCUAUCCCGAACCGAUAGAACCAGACUUUGAUAUCACCACAACGACCCCAAUCACAACCACCACCACAACUACCACCACGACAGAACGCGUACCGGUAACAGCUGAACCGAUACCAGUCACCACCACGACCAGGCAGCCGGAGACCACCACCACCACCACCACCACAACCACCAGAAGGGAGGAGAUAACGGAGCCUCCGACGACCACCCCCAGCUUCGAGCCGCCGAUAGACGAAGGCAGCGGCGCCGGCGAUUGCAGGGCCGACGAUUGGGUGCGUUGCGCCGACGGCUCUAGGGUUAUUUGCUCCGAUCAGGUUUGCGACGGUUUGCCGGACUGCCACGACGGAGGCGACGAGUCGAAUUGCACUGAAUGCAGAUUGGGCGAGUUCAAAUGCGAUGUCUACAGGUGCAUCCCCAAAUCGGAAGUUUGCGAUGGAUUUGCCCGAUGCGAUGAUCGUACAGACGAGCUCAAUUGCAGGAAAGAAUGUAACAACGAUGAAUUCGCCUGUGAUGACCAGUGUCUACCGAAUUCGAAAAAAUGCGAUGGAUUGAGGGAUUGCAUGGAUAAUGCUGACGAAUUGGACUGUCCAGGUCAGUAA